UUUCCCCCCCUUGCAGAUUUGUUUGUGUGUGCAAAGAAUUGGCAAGGUCUCUUCUGAAGUUUGCGCAAGAAUAUCAGUCCGUAGUUGAAGUUGACAAGAAAAAGCAAGAGACUUGAGUGCAGUGUGAGGACGCGGACGUGGUCAGUCGGCGUGUCCAGAGCCUCAGGAGCGUGACGGACGGCUGGGCAGUCCUAUGAUACCUCCCAAACACUCCUUUUUUCCCCCUUUUUUUCUUUUUUAAAUCACACCAAAACAACAACGCUCGGCUAACUUUUACACCGAAGAAGUCCGAAGAGCCCUCCGAGAUGUCCGUGGCAGGCUUGAAGAAGCAGUUUUAUAAAGCCAGUCAGAUGGUGAGUGAGAAAGUUGGCGGCGCAGAAGGAACCAAACUCGAUGAUGACUUCAGAGACUUGGAGCGGAGGGUGGACGUGACCAGUAAAGCCGUAGCGGAGGUGAUCUCUAAAACCUCCGAGUAUCUCCAACCCAACCCGGCAUCGAGGGCCAAACUGUCCAUGUUGAACACCAUGUCUAAAAUCCGGGGUCAGGUGAAGAAUCCCGGCUACCCCCAAGCCGAGGGCCUGCUGGGAGAAUGCAUGUCCAAGUAUGGGAGAGAUCUUGGAGAGGAGACUAACUUUGGCGGUGCCCUGGUGGACGUGGGAGAGUCCAUGAAGAGACUUGCAGAAGUGAAAGACUCGCUAGACAUUGACGUCAAACAGAACUUCAUCGAUCCAUUGCAAGGCUUCUGUGACAAGGAGCUCAGAGAGAUACAGCACCACCUCAAGAAACUGGAAGGUCGCCGCCUGGACUACGACUACAAAAAGAAGCGCCAGGGCAAGAUUCCCGAGGAGGAGAUCCGACAGGCCCUGGAGAAAUUUUACGAGUCAAAGGAAGUGGCCGAGACGGGAAUGUACAACCUGCUGGAGACCGACAUCGAGCAGGUGAGCCAGCUCUCCUGUCUGGUGGAGUGCCAGCUGCAGUACCACCGGCAGGCUGUUCAGUUCCUGGAUGAGCUUUCUCACAAGCUGGAGGAAAGGGUGAGUGUGGCCGCGUCCCGACCGAGACGGGAAUACACACCCAAGCCCAAACCUCUCUUUGACUUUGGAGACGACAACCACUCUAAUGGGGGCUACUCCACUUCAAUGGCUCCGCCCCCUUCUCGUAACUCAGCCCCCGAGCAGCCCAGCUGCAAGGCACUGUACGACUUUGAGCCGGAGAACGAGGGCGAGCUGGGCUUUCACGAGGGCGACAUCAUCACGCUGACCAAUCAGAUCGAUGAGAACUGGUAUGAGGGUAUGCUCAACGGCCAGUCGGGAUUCUUCCCCCUCAACUACGUGGAGGUGUUGGUUCCACUGCCGCAGUAAAGGUAGGAAGGAAGGUAGGAGAGGAAAGUGAGGCUGUUCCACACUAGAACCACAUGGAUGACUGACUCUUCACCUGCAAUUUGAUCCACCAAGCUCAGGUUGCAAGGAAUACUCCCCAUUUCAGUAAUUCAACGAUGCCACCUGUUGGCCAUUUUGAGAAUUACCUUUAAAAAAAAAAUUAGAACCACAUGACACCAGUUAUAGCCUACUGUGUCUUUUUUAAAUGGUCUAUUUUUCUAAAGCAGUACAAUAUUCAUUUUACUUUCAUUUCAUGUAUGUUUAGUAGAGCUGCUUACUGGACAUGUGAGAGUUGCACCUCCUUUGAGAUUGACCUGUGUGUGUGAGUGUUACACACCUUGAAAUGCAGCCGUCGCACCACUUUGGUCACUUAAAAGCAGCCACGUCUUUGUCAAAGUCCAUUUCAACCACACAGUGCCUAAAAAAAGAAAGAAAGGACGACGCUGCUGGCAGCGAUUCACGUCUUACUAUCCCUUGUCUUGUCAUAAUGUGAAACUGUGUCCCAUUCUGUCCCUCACUCUGGAAUUUAUAGAUUUUUUAAAGUGUUUGUUACAUCCUGACCUGUGCUCUUAAAACAUGAAUACAGACUUUGGGGAUGUCGCCUAAAAGUGAAAGGGAAAACAUCAAGGGAAUGUUUAGACUGGGGGAUUGUUUGAAUCAUCUUUUUUAUCAGUGUUUUGUCCGUAUUGACACACCCUUCCACUGUGUUUGGACCUAAUAUGUUUACAUGUGGACUCAGCAAUGUAGCUCUUUGGAACAAACACAUCAUUGAUAGCUUUUAUUUGGAACCAGAUGGAGGAGUGACUAAUGACCCCAAAAGCUAACAAAGCUACUUAUGGCUGUUCCUUCAGUUGUAAUAAACAAAGUGGCACUUUGCUGUGUAACGUCUACAAACACUACAAGACUGUUUUCCCGCGCACACACAAGACUAACGUUUUUUUCACUCGUUACUUCGCAUUGAUUUGGAUGUUUAGGAAAAAAAGACAUACAUUGUAUGGUUAUAAAAGGCUAUGUUUUGUUUUUAGUCAGUCUUAAAAAUAUUGCUAUUUUUAUAUCCAAACCCUUAAAACAUGCAUGUAGUCCUUUUAUUAUUAUUAUUAUUAUUAUUAUUAUUAUAAUGCCCUGUAAAAGUUUUUACUUGCUAUGGAUUUAAUGCCAUGCAUUUGUC